AUGAGCUUUAGUAUUCCUCAGUCAAUCCAAACAUAUGCCGUUGUGUUUGCGCAGCGGGCUCUUGGAAGAAUAUCAGCCCCGCUUAAGAUUAUCUCACGAGCUGAUGGCACGGAGCGAGUGUUGUACGAAGACAAACCUCGACAAUCGGAUGAGGUUGGCGUGAUUUGCGUCAACGACCCGAAUUUCUGGAACAGAAUUCUUUCAGACUUUGACCUGGGCUUCGCCGAAUCCUACAUGCUCCAAGAAAUCGACUGCGAGAAUUUGGGCAAAAUCUUCGAUGUAACCGGCCCUCCCUACGCUGAGGCGUGCUACUAA